UAUCAGCCGUCGGGCAGCCGGGGCCGGCCGGCAGUGGUGCCGGCGGGGAAGCGGAGGAGGCUGAGGGUCAGACGGCGGCUUGGAGGGGAGCCCACCGAUGGAUCUCUUGCCCGAUUCGGCCCCGCUGGCCACCAAGCUGCGGAACACCCUGGUCCGGUACCACAGCAUCGCCGACAGCGAGUGGCGGGUUGCCAAGAAAACUAAAGAUGCAACUGUGUGGCGUAAACCGUCAGAGGAAUUCAGUGGAUACCUCUACAAAGCUCAAGGAGUGGUGGAAGAUGUUACUAACAGAAUAGUGGAUCAUAUUCGCCCUGGACCUUAUCGGUUAGACUGGGACAGCUUAAUGACUUCAAUGGACAUCAUGGAAACGUUUGAAGAGAACUGCUGUGUGAUGCGCUACACCACUGCUGGCCAGCUCUGGAACAUCAUAGCACCAAGGGAGUUUGUUGAUUUCUCUUACACUACAAGCUAUGAAGAUGGGCUUCUAUCAUGUGGUAUAAGCCUAGACUAUGGAGAGGUGAGACCUAACUUUGUCCGUGGGUUCAAUCACCCUUGCGGUUGGUUCUGCGUCCCUCUGAAGGACUACCCCAGCCACAGUCUUUUGACAGGCUAUAUUCAGACUGAACUGCGAGGGAUGCUACCGCAGUCUGCAGUAGACACUGCCAUGUCUAGUACCCUGGCCAAUUUCUACUCCGACCUCAAAAAGGCACUGAAAACAGACAAACAGUGACUUGAAAGCCCGUGCAUUUCUUGCAAUCAAAUUAUAUUGUUUAGCUUAGCAUAGGUUAGCUACUUGGUUAAGAGGUGAGUAACGUUGUUUCUGAAUUAUAAUUGAGCCUUUAUGUUGAAGGAUCCAAGCAACUUUACCAAGUACUUUUUGGUGUGAUACUUAGCAUACAUUCCUAAUUCAUGGUGUGAGAUUCUGCUUCCUGCUCAGCACUCUGCAGCUAUGUGAGGAGUGGUCUGAAUCUAUUAACUCCUGGCUUCCUCGGCAGAAAGCACAAGAUGUGUCUGUGGACUUGAAAAACGCAGCAUUGAGUUGGCUCUCGCCAGCAGUGCUGAGAGUGGAGUGCUCAGGAUUUUUCUGGUGCAGGUCGCUGUACAGGCAGCAUCACGUUGAAGAUGUAAUUUUGUAAUAUAUAUAUAUUUUUAUAUUUACUUAAAAUUUUUUAUUUACGUCGUUUGUACAGGUGCAUCUGUAAUUUGUUUUUAAAAAAUUGCUUUAAUUUAUCAUAGGGAUAUUACAUAGCUAAGCUGUUAAAUGAUACUGUUCAUAAGAAAGCUCUUCGCUCUUGUUAGCAAAUAUAAGUAUUCAUUAUUGGCAUUUCUUCAAUGUUGUAAUUGUAACUUAAUUAACUGUUGUAUAUAACAGUCUCAGUGCAUAGAUAAAGAAAUGCCCUUACAGCUGAUCCAAAGCACAGUUAAGUCAUCAGGUGUCUUUCCAUAGUUUUUAGUGGGCUUUUAGUCAUGCGGUUGUCAAAAUAGCAAACCUCCAAUGGAUUUUCUGUGAUACUCUGCACUUCUAAAGAAUUUUUUACUUAAAUUUGCAUGUAAUUGUGUGUAGGUUGGGGUUUUUUUGGCUUCCUUAACUGAAAAUCCUGGAAUUACUAAAGCAACAGAAAGGAACAGUAACUUGCUUCAAGUAUAUUGGUGUAGCCCCAACAGCACAGACUGCCAGUGUGCUGGAACUGCACACUAGAGUGUUCUGUGGUAAUGGUCCUAGAUAGAUCUUUGCAAUAAAUUAAAUUAACAUCUUGAAAUGUGAGCAGCUGAAGGCCAAAACUUAAGCUGCACAAUUGCUUGGAUCUGAUGAAGGGUCAAAUUUUUAAGGAUAUUUAGCUACCUAGUGAUGCUGACAGGUAUAUAGCAGGGGCUAUCAAAAGAUUACUGUCUGUGCUGCUUGGAACCUGAAUUCUGUUUAAAAGCUGCCAUUAAGCUUUUAAUGUUGGCAUGCAUCAUUUGCUCAAAUGAGAUUGUAAUUGUCCCUAUGCUUUACCAGUGCUCGUAGAGGCAAGUUUAGCUGUGUAGUAGUUAGGGAAAGUACCUUGAAGCCCUAACAUUUUGGGGCCAGUUGUAUACAUCUAAUCCAAGGACUGGUAGUGAACUCUCAGGAAGAAAAAAAAAAAAAAAAUCAGAUGAAAAUGGUUCCCCUGCAGUAUUGGCUCUUUUGACACUGGCCACUGCAGCUCUGGACAGUGAGGACUUCUAUUUCUCAUUGCUCAAGCAAAAAGGUAGAAAAAACAUGAUGCCAAAUACAGUGAGGGCUCUUCCAUCAUGCUUCAUGUAUUAAGGCAUUUAGUCCUGUUUAAGACUGUUAAAAACAAUGUCAUCAAACAGCCUUUGCUGUCUUCGUGGGCAGAAAAUGUCAACUCCCUUUUGGGUUUUGUGUAUUCUGCAGUUCCCUCUAAAGUCCACUGUUCCCAUCUUUUCUGUCUUUGUUUCCCCUGCAGUACUGGAGGUGCACAAGGUGAUUUUUCACCACCAAGGACACUCAGGAAGUGGUGUCAGCAGAGUUGCUUUUUUCUAAAUGCUAGGGUCCACUCCUUUCUAGUACUGGUACAGAGGCAAGUAUGAAAGCCCUAGCAAUACUGCUCUGUGGGAUGAAUGCUGACAUGAUUAUAGAGGAAGCUGAGUGAAGUGUACCCUAUUUAUUCUUCCCAGUUAUAAAGACUACAAGUAUAGUGAAUCUGCAUAUUCAUGUCUUCUUUUUUUAAAACUGCUGGGGCUAAUUGAGGGGUUGUGAUACAGAUGUAUUUAGAGAAAAAUACUCCAUUGCUCUGUAAAAAGCCCAGUUUAAAUCUACACUGAGGCACUUCAGUGCUGGAGAAAUGGGUUAAAAGGAGUGCAAGACACUUACAGGAUGGUGUUUGUUCAACACCAGGCACUGCAGAAGGAUUAAGAGGUCCCUGUUCCAAAUAUCCAUUAUAAGGGCUUUAACACCUAUCUGUAUUUAGUGUUCAGUGAAAUGGCUUUUUAUGCUUUCAGUGAAGAUAGGCCGAUGAAGCACAGAGCAGCUGAAGAAAGAAGAACUUGUGUAUAAAUGAAAGAAAAUUGCUAGUUUAUUUUAAGUAUGAUGAAGUUUUUAAUAAAAAUAUGUCUGUGCAGGUUUCCUUUUUGUCAACAGACUUGUUUUCAGUAAUAGGCCUAGAAAUUGAAUGAUUUUGUGAAUGAGAGCAAAGCUUCUGAAGGCAAAGUAGGCCUUCUAUUUUGCAUUAUGGCAAUUUAUUCCUAAAACACUGAUUAAACUGGCUUUGUGUGUUUAAACAGAUGCAAUCUAUUGCUUCUGCCAGUUAUCCUGAAUGUUCAAGUGAAUAACAGGAUAGAGACUACCAGAGACACAGAAUGGAGGCAGAUUUUAUUUUAUUUUUAAAUCAAUAAAAGAGCAUAGUGCAAUUAUCCAGUUUUCAGAUAAGCAGAAAUCACAGAAGGUGCUAACUGAUUUUAAGGAUUUAUUUUGGGGAAUCUCACACUUCUAAAAAUUUUUCUGAUUUAGGAGUGCAGUGAUUGACAAUGUAUGCUGAUUAUGCUGCCGAAGCAACGCGUAGCUGAUGCCUCUACAGUCAUUAUUCCAAGCAGUUCAGUUAUGGAGUAAUACAGAACUAGAAGAAGGAUGUCCAGUUUCAUAGUGUGUUGUAUUUAUUUGAAACGAAAACCUACUAUCUUUUAUAUAUGCGAGGAUUGAGAGGAUUCUUAGAUUUUGAAGCACAGCUGUUCUUUAACCAGAGUACGUUCAGAACAAAGAAACCCACAAAAUCAAGUACUUACCCAAUCAGAACCUCUUUUCCUACCAUGCCAUUGUUUUCCUCCUAAAUUAGUGGACAACCUAGAUGGAGCCAGGACAGUAAAAACAGGAAAGCGGGGUGAAAGGACAAAGUGCAGGAGCCCAAUUGUUUUGCUUAUUAGGAGGUAGUAGGAGACAAAGUAAAUGACCUAGUAUAGAUUUCUGUCAUCCUCACAGCAGCAGAAUUCCCGCAGGUUUGUGACAUUUGCCAGUACUUGAGUUUAAGUGUGUUUCAGUUAAAGUGGAAUAUAGUUGUCUGAAAGCAACUUCUGAACGAGGUACCCAAGAAUAGCGGAGACCAGUUUUUGCUAGGGAAAUAGCAUGUAUAUAGGCACAUCAAAAUUAUUUUUAUAUGACUAGUAUUUUUUUAAAAAAAAUUUACUUUUUCGGGGGUUUAGACAAUAUGUCAGUCUAAUCUUUUGCACUUUAACUAGGUUCUCUGUGCGUGGAUAGGAAAGCUGGCUAAAGAGAAGACAAUUUUCGUGUUUGGCUUUUGUUCUUCAUCUAAAACCUCCAGCAUUAAACCUUGCCUGUGGUUGUGCUCCUUAUUUUACACAUGCAGAAGAGAAACUGGGCUAAGUUCAAUUUGGGGUCAGUCUAAUGUACUGUACCACAGCCUGCUGGGAGGUGGAGCAGUACUUCAGGUAGAUGCUCUAGGAACCGCACAAGUCCUGAUUUCAAAUGUAGUGAAUUUAUAACAGUGAAACAUGAUGAAUUUAUAAAACAUGAAAAGAGUGUAGAAGUCCUCCAGCAAUCAUAAAUAGCCAGAGCUGUUUUGAUGGUGUAAGCUGGUAGCCAUAAUUCUAGUGAAACCAGUGAAGUUGUGCCUAUGUUCAGAAAGUCAGUCUAUCUUAACAGUGAUUUUAACUGAUUACGUUCAGCACUUCAGAGAUUGUAUUUAUAUUUUGAUUGCAAUUGCAGAAUAAAUUAAAUUAUGGAUUCCAA